AUGAUUAAUCCUUGUCGUCGCACACCUUACUACCACAGGAUAAAUUACUGGAUUAGACAGUUUUUGAACGAUCAACGAAUACAGGAUUAUUUUAAGUUCAAUAUUACGUCGGGACAAGCGCAUGCGUUUGAGAAAUUUGUUUGUUAUGCAAUGUCCGUGUCUCUUUGUGUGCUGAGAUUCGAACUGACAGAAAACGAUACACGACCAGCCGAAGUGCAGCAGCGAAUAUUUACCAAUUGGGAUAAACGAAAAAUCAUGUCUUGCCGUGGACAACGUAAAUCCAGAGAACUAACAGUGGAGACAUAUGGUCCUAUUGACGGAACAGCACCCGUUAAACCAUUAAUUGAAGAAAACUCUAAAAAAAUAGAAUUUCUUAAAAAGUCAAAUGUCAAAGUAUUGAAUUCUAAAGGAUCAAAGAAAAGAAAUAAAAAUAAACGAAAUCAUGAUGAAAACACUUCAAAUGCUGCAGAACUGAUCAAUUUCAUUUCAGGAAAUCCAUUUGUUGAAGUUACCAAAGGUGUCCUACAUGUUUAUAAAGAAAACAAAUUAACGCCAGUUGACAAUGCAAGUAAUCGUAGUCAAAUGAUAUGUAUUUUGUCUGUUCCUUCAAACAUGAACUGCCAUGACUUACUUACUUUCAUAGCUGCUUGCCAAGAGAACAUUCAUCACAUACGAAUAAUUCGAGAUGCUGCAGCUCUUAAUCAUCAAUACAUGACCCUUAUUUCAUUCAGAAGCCAAGAAGCGACAAUGGAUUUUUUUCAUUCGUUUAAUGGUAUGCCUUUCAAUUCGUUAGAACCGGAUUGCUGUUGCAAUUUGGUUUUUGUAUCCAAAGUUGAAGUAAUAAAAGAAGAUGCACCAGGAUCUAGUGCUCCUCCAUCUCAACAUACUGAACUUCCUGUGUGUACAGUUUGUUUAGAGCGUAUGGAUGAAUCAGUGGAUGGCAUUUUAACUAUACUCUGUAAUCAUUCUUUCCAUGGAAGUUGUUUGACUAAAUGGGGUGGCAAUACCAGUUGUCCAGUAUGUCGAUACGUUCAAACACCCGAAACAAUUCCAGACAACCAAUGUCAGGAAUGUCAUUCUUCUGAGUCAUUGUGGAUAUGUUUGAUUUGUGGUUAUGUCGGAUGUGGUCGUUAUGUACAAGGUCACGCUUAUAAUCAUUAUUUAGAAACAUCUCACUGUUAUUCUAUGAAUUUGGGAAAUAAUCGUGUGUGGGAUUAUGUUGGUGAUAAUUUUGUUCAUCGUUUGGUCCAAAACAAAGGAGAUGGAAAAUUAGUAGAAGGAAGAUCACCAGGAAAACUUGAUGAUACAGAUCAAAAAAUUGAAUCCGUGCAACUUGAAUUUACAUAUCUUUUGACAACUCAAUUAGAAUCGCAAAGGAAAUAUUUUGAAAGCCAAAUGAAACUAUUUGAAGAAAAUACACUUGUUGAAAUAAAUAAUGUGAAAGCUAAAGCCAAAGCUGCACUUGAAGACAAUGAAAAAUUACAGAAAGUGGUCAGCAUUACUUCUAAGGACAGUAACAUACUAGAACAGAAAAUUGAAGAAAACAAAAAGCUUUUAGAACGUGUUAACUCAAUAACAAAAGAAAAAAAUCUUUUAGAAAAAAAGGUUCAUAAUUUAUCAAUCAAACUAGACCAAACAAAAAUCAAGUUAGACGAAGAAUGUCAAAUGAACUCAGCAUUACAGACCAAUCAAAAUGAAUGGCAUAUUAAAUUUUCAAAUUUGGAAAAAGAUUUUAGCAAAUAUAAAACUACUAAAGAUCAAGAAAUUGGUGAAUUGAAAGAGCAAGUUCGUGAUCUCAUGUUUUUCUUAGAAGCUCAGAAUACAAUCGACAAAAGUGUAGACCGGGAAGACAUUGUAAACGGUUCUGUGAUUGUGGAACAGCAAAGUUCAUCAGGUCACAACAAGACUCCCAAAAACAAAAAACACAGAUAA